GACUGUUGCGCUCUAUUGUUUGCUAACCUUGAAGUAUCCUUGAUAGAAGGGCUCUGAUAAUACUUCGUUAAAUGUAAAAUAAACAAUUUGCGUGUAUGGAUGCUUGCGUAUCCACGCAUUAUGCAAAGAGUGAAGGGGAGAGAGAGGGAGUGUGUGUUUCAAUGAAAGGAUUUUUAAACCACAUAACAUUGGGAAUUGGUCACCGAACUCUCUUAAAUAAAGUUUCUGUUGAAAAUCUUCACUAGUCCUUCCUGUUUGCAAAGAUGGAUGUAGAGGGAAUGUUUCCUCCGCAGUCGCUGUCUGCUAAGUUUGAGGGGUCUUUUGCCUAUCUGACUGUGAGAGACAGACUACCAACCAUACUGACAAAAGUGAUAGACACAUUACAUCGCAAUAAGGAGAAUUUCUUCAAAGAUUAUGGAGAGGCAGGGAUCGAGGCAGAGAAGAGCGCCAUUUCCUUACUGUCCAAGAUGAGGAACGAACUGCAGACAGACAAGCCUGUGCUGUCUUUGGCUGAUAAUGCUAAGGACACGGAAGCCUGGAACCAGUAUAUGCAAAGACAGCAGGACCUGAUGGAGGACAAGCAACCUGUCAGCUGGUUCAAGUCUCCAUGGCUCUAUGUGGAGUGCUAUAUGUACCGGAGGAUCCAGGAGGCUCUGUAUCUGAAUCCACCGAUGAAUAAUUUUGACGUGUUUAAGGAGGGAAAAACGCAAAGCUUCUUUGAAUCUCAACAAGCGAUUAUAUCCCUCUGCACAUACCUUCAAAAACUCAUUACCAACAUGGAGAACAUGACUGAGAUGCAGCUGCGAGAGCACUUUCUCAAGUUGUUACAGGUCUCCUUGUGGGGAAACAAGUGUGAUCUGUCCAUCUCUGCUGGUCAGGACAACUCUCAAAGAUCUAGUCCCAUUGAUUCUCUCCCUGAUCUCCAGCGCUUCAUACUAGUAGAUGACUCGAACAAGAUUUGGUCAACACUGGUUGCUGCUCAAGGGUCUAGAGACUCAGGGAAGAAACAUGCAAGAGUUGACAUUGUUUUAGACAACGCUGGUUUUGAGCUUGUUACCGAUCUGGUCCUUGCCGAUUUCCUUGUUUCUGCUGGACUUGCCAAGCAAAUCCGGUUUCAUGGUAAGUCCUUCCCAUGGUUUGUCUCAGACGUCACCAAACAGGACUUUGAGUGGACCAUCAUGCAGACUAUGGCAGCCAAUCAUAAGUGGAUGUCAGCCAGUGGUGUCCAAUGGAAGCAUUUCAUGAAGGAGGGCACCUGGUCCUACCACGAUCACCCUUUUUGGACCUUGCCACAUGAGUUCUGUGAUAUGGCAACCGAUGCGGCUGAUCUUUAUACCAUGCUACAGGGCUCUGACCUCAUUCUGUUCAAAGGAGACCUGAACUACCGCAAGCUGACUGGUGACAGAGAGUGGGAGCACGUGGUUCUGUUUGAUAGAGCAUUGAGAGGGUUCCAGCCUGCCCCAUUCUGUAGUCUCAGAACAUUGAAGGCUAAUGUUCAGGUAGGCUUACAGCCGGGCGAGGCUGAGAAGCUCAACUCUCAGGAUCCAGACUGGAUGACCAAUGGCAAAUACGCUGUGGUUCAGUUUUCUAGUCCACACAGAGAACAGUAAUGUCAUUUUUCAAAGAAAAGCUUUCCCUGCAGUCAUACGUAGUCACCGACUGAAUAAAAGGCCAAGCAGAGAUGAAGUAAUAAAAUGCACUUACUGCUUUUUCCUGCUUCAUUUACCGCAUGCCAAACAAAGUUCUGUUGUCUUGUCUUAUUUUGGCUUGAACUUGUGUCCAACAAUUGUUUUGGUAGGAAGCAAACCAUGCAAUGAACUCUGCAGCUUCUGCCUAUCAAACACAAAUGUUAUUGUUAGAAUGAUGAAUGAGUUUUUUUCCUCUCUCUCUCUCAUAGCUCAUUAAAAGACUUGUCUGUUGGCACUGCUAAUUUUUAUUGUGUACAAGUGCAGUUACUACAAAAAGGUACAGAUGUAAACAUUACCUAUGCUGCACAAGCAUAUGGUGCAAAAAUCUAUGAGUUUCCAUAGAUGUGUUGUUUGGGUAUGUUACACAUUAAAUACAAAAAGGUAUUGAAAUUGACUUUUAACUUCCAAAUGCAUUUGUCCCAAAGUCCUUGAGUUAGUGAGAAAGGAAUAUGCAUUAUGCAUUUUAGGCAAUUUGUGCAACAUAUGUUCUAUAGUGUUUGCAUUUUUUAUUUAUUUUUCUAGUGAAACAUUUUAUAAGAUUUGCAUUGAGUACAUCAUUGGAAAAAAAUAUAAAGAAAUGGAAUUUUAAUCACAUACUGCUAGUAAGGCAACAACAAAACAGAUGUAAGUUGAUAAAAUGCUUGUACCCUUCCAAGGUUUUGUUUAAGCCAAGGACUAAAUCAUAAUGAUUUCCAAACUUGAAUAUCUGGUGAGAUAAUUUUACAUUAGCAGUACACAUCUUUUAAUGUUAAAGAGUUUACUUGUUUACACUUUGGAUUGAGUAGCACUAUGUUACAAAAGUUUACCAGAUGCACCAUAGUCUAUUGUGUUGGAAAUUGUAAUGAUUGUGUUAAUUUUCUAUUUAAGCUUAUUUAUGAGCUUGCUGGAAACAGGAUGUCAGUCACUAGGGGUGCAUUGGUUCUGCUACUGUACUCAUGUACUCAUUAAAAUGCCAAUUCUUUGUUUUGAAAGGUGAAUGCAAUUGAAUGAAGUCUAGAAAAAAAAGAACAACAAUAAAUGAGCCAAAAGACAUAACU